AGUGCUUCGCGUCAACCGGACUCGAACGCAACGCCGCCAACUGCGACGCUCCAACCCACCCUGUUCCGCUCCACCCCGUUUUCGCAGGCACAGACACAGCCACAGCCACAGCCACAUCCACUGGCACCAGCACUGGCGUUCUUAUUAGAUUUUAUGGCGGCUCCGACUUAGAACACAAACAACAAGCACAGCACGGCACAUCCACAUCCACACCGAGGGUCGGUCGGCCGCGCCUUUGGCCGUUUCAAUUGCCAUCCGUUCCUUCGUUCUCGCGCCGUUAGAAUCGCACUGUGGCGCAGUCGCUCCGCUGCCGACGUCGCUGCCGCUGGCUGACUUAUUGGCUUUAAGCGAAUUUGAACGUCGCUCGAACUUUUAUUCAACGUGUUGGAUUCAUCGUGUGAGCAACUCUGAAUCGCUACAAAUGCGCAGCGGAAACUGAAAACUGAAACUGAAACUGAAAAACGCAAAAAACCCAAAACCAAAAACACAAAACACAACCAACCCCCUGAAAAAUACAAACUAAGCCCCCCAAAAAUUCGCGAUACGCAAGUGUUAAAUGCGAUAUUGAAGAAAAACGUACAUAGUAAUACAACUACUGUUGUCGCCUUAAAAUCUAAGAGAUUUAAUCAUAUUUUUUUGAAGUGUUGAACCCAUUAAGUGCUUUAACCAACAACUACCAAAAAUGCCUUGCAAAAGCGUCACGCUUUAGUGCUACAAAACCAAGUGUUACAAGUCCCCACCCUUUUCGCAAAGACCCCCUUCCCCCCAUUCAAAACUGAUAGAAGGGGAGACCCAAACAGGUGUCCGCCUGCCGAAAGGCCAACGAAACACGCACCAGCGACAAUCAGAUGGGCAGAACUGCUCUUGGAGAGAGAGAGAUUUCCCAGCAGCUCAGCUCAGUGUGGUGCAGACCGGCGACUCUUGCAUUUAUUGAUUCGACGCCGCUGUGAAGGGAGGUGCCGCAUUCGCUCGGCCUUAGCGCUCUGAGCAACAACAAAAGUCGGGGAUCUGAGCCGAUGGAACCGAUGGAUCCACCUCACUCCUCUGCCGCCCGCCCCCUAGGAACCCCCAUUGAACCGAAGGAAACACUCUAGAGAGCCAGAACUCUGCGAGUUAGUGACAUGUGAUAAGUGAUAAGCGAAAAAGUGAAAAGUGUGUGCCUCUAUAAACCACUCUAUAUAUAUACAAAUACAAAUACACAUACACAUAUACACGGGAGAUAUAGAAGAACAACCUUCUUUCGAACAGUCCAACAAAAAACAAAUGCAACGCGUAGGCCUUUAACUGUGAUCUAACAAUACAUAGCAAACGAGAAGGAACCCCAGUUUGUUACGAUUAAUUUUAGUUCGGUUUAGUUUUUUUUUGUUUUGUUUUAUUUACCGUGCGCGCAAAACGUCAACCAUGUUCAAUUCCAACAUACCGGCCUCCUCGCUGCUGAGCAUCGACAGCGGCGGCCUCCUGAUGGGCGGCCAUACGCCCAAGACGCCAGAGAUCCUCAACUCGCUAAUUGCCAUGACCAAUCCGCUGGAGAGCUUCAGCUACAGUUCGGCAGCGGCGGCGGCGGUGGCGGCAUCCUCAUCUGCAUCCUGCAGUGCCGCCUCCACGCCGGUGGUCACCGUGCGCCAUUUCAAUGGCCAUCCCAAUGGGCAGUCGCACUCGCAGGACAGCAGUCAUUCCAGUUGCUCCGGAUCGCCGCUCGACUCCCCAGCGGGCACGGCCACCACGCCCAGCGUGCAACAGACCUGUUCGCGCCUGAUCAAGGAGGGCCUGAAGCUGUCCAUCCAGAGCAAGCGCAAGCUGUCCACCUGCGACUCCAGCUCCGGAUCGGAGCAGCCGCACUCCAAGUACUCGCGCCGCAGCAGCAACCACAACGGGCACAGCGGCAGCAGCAACAACUACAGCGGCAGCAUGAGCAACGCCAACGACUUGGACGACGACUGCGAGGAGUCGAGCGAUGACGACAGCGAAACCAAGUCGCAACCCAAGGGCCUGACACCGGAGGACGAGGACCGGCGGCGAAGACGCCGCGAGCGGAAUAAGAUUGCGGCCACCAAGUGCCGGAUGAAGAAGCGCGAACGCACACAGAAUCUGAUCAAGGAGUCGGAGGUCCUGGACACCCAAAAUGUGGAGCUGAAGAGCCAGGUGCGUCAGCUGGAGACCGAGCGCCAAAAGUUGAUGGACAUGCUGAAGUCCCACGGUUGCCAGCGAGCCGGCGGCUGCCAAUUGCCCAGCCAACUGCUCCAAUCGCCGGCCCACAAGUACCUCGGCGAACUGGAACUGGAAUCGGUGAACAGCGACGCUCCCAACUCCGGCAGCAACAACAACCAGCGGCUGCAGAGCAUACCCUCGAUGGCCACCUUCAAGUACGGCUCCAAAACGGCGGCGGCCAUGGCCCAACAACUGCCCACUGGCUACUGCAAGCCCUCGCCCAGCGCCCAGGAAUUCGAGCAUGCCGGCUACCAGCAGCAACAGCAGCAACAGCAGCAGCAGCAGCAGGCACAGUCCCUGAAUCCCGCCGGCAGCAACGUGAUUGACCACCAGCAGCAAGGCAAUCCCAGUCCCAGCCUGAUUUCCGACUAUGUGCCCAACUGCGACGGCCUCACUGGCAGUGGCAGCAACCAUCCCAGUCACAACAGCAGCAGCGGCGCCAGCAGCAACACCAGCAAUAACAACAGCAACAUCAGUAGCCACAGCCACGGCAGCCACAGCAGCAACGCCACGAGCAGCACCACGCCCACCGCCACCAGCAGCGCCAUUGAGUUCGUGAAGAACGAGCUGGUGGACUCGCAGAGCCCCUACACCACCGCCCUCAGCGCGGAAAGGUUCCUGUUCGAGCCCAGCGAUGGCUUUCCGGACAUCAAGCACGCCUGUGUUCUGCCCUCGCCCUGCGGCAUCAAUGGCCUCAACAUGGCCAGCGUGGUCAACACGAGCGGCGGUGCCGGCAGCAAUAAUAACAGCCACAACAAUAACAACAACAACAAUAACCACCUGAUGGACUUCCACCAGGGCCUGCAGCACGGCAACAUUGGAGCCGGAGUGGGCGUUGGAGUUGGCGUGGGCGUGGGCGUUGGAGUGGGAGUGGGCGUGAUGACCCCCUACGAUGACGAGCAGUUGCUGCUGCUGAAGAACGGCUGCUUUGCCACCGAUCUGCUGUCCCAGCUGGUGGAGGAGGGCGGCGAGUAUGUCGACCUGGACUCAGCCACCGCCUUCAUGAACAACGGCAGUUGCCUGGCGUGAGGAAGGGCGCCGGACAGGGAGCGGGAUCGGGAUCGGAAUCGGGAUCGAGACCGCGACCUGCUGCUACCAGCCUUCGAACAGCCAAACAACAACAUCACUCGGCAACAGCAGCAAUCAGUCCAAUAUCCGGCCGGAAAGGAGGAGCCACCGGCCAGUCCACAACUUGACGGGCAGGUGGAACUCGAACUCGAAAUGGAGCUGCAACUCGGAGAGGAGCAGGAUCCGGCUUGGACUCAUGUAGACUACUGGUGCUAGGGCAUCAUCCACACACACACACACACACACACACACACACACAUACUAAUGUUAAUCUUAAACGCCACUCAUCGACUAAGCAGGAGUACAGAAACAGAAGCCGCAGUUCCCUCCAAAAACCCACAAGCAAUCCCAUCCAAUGCGACCCCUGUUAUCAGUUAUCAGUUAUCCGUUUUAACCAAAGCUUUCUUCAAAAUCAAAAGCAGCACAUUUCUCUCUAGCCUACCACUUUCUUACAUGGAAUUGAAAACGACCAGAAUACUUUGAAAACGUGCUUUAAUUAAUUGCAUCCUUAAUUUUUUAAACCACUAAGGCGAUCUAUAUGAUCGCAAUUCUGUAGCACACGCAAUCCAAGUUCUUCCAAUAGCAGAGUUCCCCUCAAAGGUCUGGAUCCCGCGAUUCAAUCAAGGACCACUCGAAUAAACUCCCCAACCCGAGUCACAUCCCCGCCCCCAAGUAAGACCCCCACCCCCCAUACCUUGAUCCCAAGUCCGCCUGGAGCCGGCAUCCAGCCUGUGGCUUGACUACCUCAUGAAGCAAGAAGCAGAAACAAUUAACAAGUAACUAUCAUUAAAGAGCUGUAAGGAGUAAGGUGUAAAGAACGUAGAACAAUGGACAAAAAGCAGAAAGCAGAAACAAAAGAAGCAGAAGCAGAAGAAGCAGAAGCAGAUUUAGAAGCAGAAACGAGAGCACACAAACACAAACACACGCGCAGCGGUGAAAGAAAAACACUUGCACAACUGUACAUAACCAAAUUUUUAUACAUUAACUAGGUAUAUCGAUUAACAUUCCAUUGCAAGCCUGCGCGAAAAGCAAGUCGAGGGAAGCAGAGCAGUGAUCAACUGCUAGAAGUCACAUCCGCAUCAGUAAUUAUUAAUUUUAAUUUGUUCGAUUCUUUUCUUUUCGAUUCAAGCAUAGAUUUGUUUGCUCUUUGCUCCCAUCAAAAAAAAAGCCUUAACCAUUAUAUUAAUAUGCUUAUAAAUGUAUAAACAAUCGAGAGAUUAGAGAGAAAUAUUCGAGAUGAGAAGCAAAAGCAGUAACAGAAAACAGAAAUGGGAAGCCCAUGCGAUAUGACGUUUGAUAUUUUUUUUCUAAAACCUAGGCUUAGUCAGUGAUAAACCCUAUAUGUAUAUACACUUAUAUAUACAUUUAUGAAUUUUUGUUUUUUUUUUGUGUCCAUACAUCGUAAGCUAUGUUUAAAAAAUAAGUCAAAUUGCCUUACUCAAACACUAAAUCGACAAAACAAAAAAAAAGAAGAUCUUUCAAUUGACAACUAAACCUAAAUUACUAAUCUACACUUUGUUAAAUCUUUUGCAAAACUAAUCUAUAUAUACCAGAAGAAGAAUAUAUAUAAAUAUAAUAUAUAUACAAGAGAUAAAAGGAGAAAGAAAUGUAUUAUGUAUAAAUUGGUGGAAUCGAAGACCUUAAAGUGCUGCUAAAAAUUGAAACUUUGCAACUCCUUCUAACGUGCGCCUUAUUACAGUUUAACAAAAACCCAAUUUUGUAAUUUAUACUAUAUACAUAUGGUAGGAAAAGUCGAAGGAUAUAUAUAUAUAUACAAGUGUGUACUAAAUCGAGGUUAAACUUAUAUAUUUGUGUGUUUAUUGCUUGAUCAACGAGAUAUAUACAUAAUUAUACACAGAUAAAGCAGUUAAUUAUAUAUACAAGUGUGUGUACAAACAGCUGUGAACACCAAAAAGUGGCCUAAAGGAGCAUCCAACCCCAACAAAUGUAAUUCCCCCAACAAGUGCUUUGAAAUUAUUUCGUAUUUGUAAUUGCCUCGAGUUGAGAAGAGUUAACCAACGAUACCGAUAAACGAUAAGCGAUAUAAAUAUAUCUAUGUUAAAUACGCAAACUAUUUAUAACAUGUAACGAACCCGAUGAGCUUGUCAAGCGUUUUGAGCACCGCCUUUUUCUCUAGAUCUACCAAGUCUACCAUAAUGUUAUGUCACCACGAUACUUCUCAAAUAACACUCAAGAACGCGUGCCUAAUUGUCCCAAAUACGAUUUUUGCGCAUGUAACCGACAAAAAGCCUUUCCAUUGGAAAUGGAACUUUAAGAUUAAAAAUUGUAUUGAGCAUACCUUAAGGAAAGUUUACCUCACACACAGAUACACUCGCACACAACACAAUACACACACAAUCACACACACACACACACAUAGAAGGAACCCCAGAAUAUUGUAGGGUGGGACUUCGCUCGCCGACAAUUGAUAUUACGUUCAGCUUCCAUCGAAAUUACCCAAAAUAUACAAAAUAUACAAAAAAAAAAAAUAAAAUAAAAAUAAAAAUACUUUAACAAAGUUUUAACAACUCAGGUCAGGCGAGUGGAGAGCUGCCAGGGUUGCCACCACAUUCGAUGUUAAAUGUAAUUCGUAACUGUAAAUGUUAACUGUAACUGUAAUGGCAAAAUGCAAUCAAGUCCAUGAUGUUAGCCCCGCUUGUAAAAAUUACUUUAUUUAUUUUUGUAUUAUUUCCCCAAGUUGUUUCUUUGUUUUCGAUUAAUGUUCUCUAAUAUAUAUCUAAAAAUAUGACCAUAACGAGUGGCGUUUCAGUUCUUGAGUUUUGGGAUUGGGAACUCUCUUCUGCCAGCAGCUGAAAGCGGAAAUAUCCUUUAAUUAAUAGAGCAUUGUAGGCGUAGAUCAACAUCAUCGGAACAACACCAACAACACCAACACCACCAUCCAUCGCUCUCACCCACGCAGGACUCAUCAAUUAUUUAGUGGCGCAUCUGCAUUCUCCCCACCUCGACCUCGACCUCGACCUCAAACCUGACCUCGACCAUGACCAUGACCUGUGACCUGUGACCUCUGACCUUGACCCGCAUUCUUAGCUUUUAGUUGUAGGUUACACAAAGUUUUUGUCGACAAAAACCAAAUAACUUAAACACAACAUGCGCUACAAAAGUACCUGGACAAAUGUAACGAUAAACGAUCAACAAUAACAAUAGAUCAGUCUUAGAUCAGUUAUUAUGUUAGAAAACGAAAACGAUACCCAAACUCAGCUGCAGGCAGAAACGGGCCACACAAUCCAAUCCCCUUGAAAACCCAACGAAACCCUGACAAAAAGGUCCGUUUAAUUGUAUAGCUCUAGGCCUAUAAUAUAUAUCCAUGUAUAUUGGUAAAGAUAUUGAUAUAAUUAAUGCAAUUUAAAUGUGUAAAUGUCCGCAAACCGCAAGAGCAAACAACAAAGAAACCUCCCACAAACUGUGCUAAAAUAAAAAGCGUAAGAAAUAAUGAAAGAAUGUGUCGAGAUAGUCCAGUCCAGAUGGUAUUUGUGUAAUUUUGACCAGAGCAAAACUAUACGAAAAAUAGAUCUAGCUGACUAGCGAUGUGAAAGCCAAACAAGAGGAUCAACAGCGAAACAGCAAAACAGAAAUCAGCAAAACAGCAACGAAGCCCAAUCAAUUCUAUGUGUAACAGAAGGAUAGUUGAUAGUCGAUAAUGUUAACCCUCAUCCCCCAAGUCAUCCAUACACCGUGUGUUCCAUGUUAUUCCGUAGCCUACCCGUAUCUCUAACGCUCGCUGUAUCUAUAUCUGUAUCUCUAACUGUAUCUGUAAACAUCACCGAUCCGACCACAACCGAUCACACUCUAAA